CUCAAGAUGCGGAACACAUAUAUCCUAUGAACAUCGACAAAGCCGUUCAUCUCGUUUUCGACGACCUGGCUCAAAGGAUCUAGAAUCCAGGGUCGCCACAAUAGUUUGCGCCGCUAACACAAUAACCGUGAAGAAGACGGAUGCAGCGUACGCUUGAAAUAGCAGCUACAUGAUCGCCGCCGGAAACUUCGGACUGCAAUGAGCGCCGCUGGGGAAAUUUUGCUGGCAACAGAGAGGAGAUUCUGUAUUCCUCGAGUGGUAUGCGUGUUGCUCGUUCCAACGGAAAUAAAUAUUCAGAUCCCACACGCGGGCGCGGAAGCACGCUCUGCUGAUGACAUUGCAAAUGCCCGCCGGGGCUUCAACAGACCUAGCCCCCCCUCGAAUGAGAUACCGUAUACUGUAGUCCUUCCUGCUCAUCGAAAAUGCCAGGUCAUUCAAAAAAUUUAUCGAUGGUCAUAAAGGCUGUAGCUGGAUGUACCAAAAGAGCGAGAUUCAAGUGUAUGCGUUGCAGACAGUGGUAUCUUGGUGCCUAUCCCUCGAAUCCUCCCUGCCCGGGGGUCUGGUCGAAUGUGAAGAAGUUCAGGAACAUGCUUUUCGUUGCGGUCCGUGGUACGGAGUACAUCCUACCAAGGUUAGAUCAGAGAAGACAAACACCAGGCCACAGUAUUUGCGUUGGAAGAAAGGGUUUAUUUGACGCUGUUGCACUGGCGGAGGAAGCAAGAAUAUAGGCGUUGUAUAUGAUAUUGCGAUGAUUGGAUGCCAGCUUGUUUCUUCUUCUUCAGUGUUCGAUGAAUACUCAAGUCCUUCGAUUAGUGAUUCUCUCGAUCUUGCACCCCAGAUAUCCUGUUGAACCUGACUUCAACCUUCGGUUGCCAGGGUGGAGAACGAUUAUCCUAGGCCUUUGGAGGCUCAGGGUAGGAAGUCUGGGGGACGGCACUGGAUAACAAAAUGCCAUCUAAUAUUCCAUCGUGCAACGGAAUGGGGCAAUGUUCCGCUGCGAGAAUCAAGAGGUAGAUUUGGAGCAAUUCUUGCCAGGUUGUUUCAUAACACUCCAGCCAGCCUCUUUUUAUAUCACAUGAUAUCCCUUUGAAUGGAUGGAUAUCAACGAACGGCAAGGCCUGCUUGGCUGUUCACGAUAUGAGCCUGACUCUGUAGUUUAUUUGUUUUUCAAGCUAAUUUUGCUGAUAUUCAGCGGUCAUGUUUGAGCUAUAUCCAGCUACCAUAGCGUUUUCAUAUAUUUGCGUUUCGCCAACUUCAUAUACAUUAUGGCACUCUAGACAUAUUAAAUUACUUCACUUUAACCAACAACCUAUUAUAGCCUUUAACGUUACCAAUAGAAUUGUUCAAACUAACAAAGACUCCACUGAAAUGAACCUCGUAAGGUUUUCUAAGAACAAUGACUAUAACUUUGCGCUCUCUUGGCGGAUUUCCUGUUGUGCUUGAUCCCGAAGUACUCUUC